UGAUACCAUUUUAAGUUAGAUUUUUUUUUUCUUCCGUGAGACUUAAAAGCUAGGAUGACUCCAAUUCUUCUUCUUCUUCUUCUUUUUUUAGAAUGACUCCAAUUCAAACUUAAAUAAGUUACCGAUAGAACAAAUAAUAUUGGGCUUUGAGCUUCGGCCUUGGGCCAUUGAAUUGCAUAUCGUUCUGGGGUGGAUAGAACCAGCAUGCAAGAAAACCUUGCUCAAGUUUCCAAUAAAAUUCCUGCUUACAAAUAAUCGACUCUAUUUUCUCUAUCCCGCCCCCAAACGCCCAAAAAGAAACCCAAAAAUUCUGCUAUUUUGGUGUUAUCGUUACUUUAUUCUUUCUUUCGUGCCCUAAUCAAUGGCAGUAGACUCUGAAUCUGCGCCUCAAAGAAGCAGAGAUUUCGUAAAACUCGAACAUGGAUGCGAUCACUAUAAGAGACGAUGUAAAAUCCGUGCUCCUUGCUGUAAUAAGAUCUUCCCAUGCCGCCACUGUCACAACGAAGCCGCGAACUCACUUAGCAACCCAAAAGAUCAUCACGACCUUGUCAGACAGGAUGUCAAGCAAGUUAUUUGUUCAAUUUGCAAUACUGAACAGGAGGUUGCUCAAGUUUGUUCUCAUUGUGGGGUAAAUAUGGGAGAAUAUUUCUGCGAUGUUUGCAAAUUCUAUGACGAUGAUACUACAAAGGGACAGUUUCAUUGUAAUGAUUGUGGAAUUUGUAGGGUUGGUGGUCGUGACAAGUUCUUUCACUGUCAGAAAUGUGGUUCUUGCUAUACGGUGGAUCUGCGUGACAAUCACUUAUGUGUGGAGAACUCCAUGAAGUCUUACUGCCCCAUCUGUUAUGAGUAUCUUUUUGACUCAGUUGAAAGCACAAGAAUUUUGAAGUGUGGACAUACAAUGCACAUGGACUGCUUUUCUCAGAUGACUAUGCAAAAUCAGUAUCGAUGUCCCAUCUGCUGCAAGGCCGUACUUGAUAUGACUGCUUUUUGGAAAGAUCUGGAUAUGGAUAUCGAUGCUACUUCAAUGCCCACAGAGUAUCGGUUUGAGGUGGUUUCAAUCCUCUGCAAUGACUGCAACAGUACAAGCACCGUCCAAUUUCAUAUUCUUGGUCUCAAGUGCAGAAAAUGCAAUUCUUAUAACACCCGCAGGAUUACGACACCAAGCAAACAUUGAGAUACAUACUGAAGUUAUAAUUGAUUCAUAUGCAAAAUCUCUUACUAAACGUCUUCCUUUAGUUCUUACAUCUAUUUUCAUUGUUUAUUUUGACUACUACUGAAAUUUUUAUGAGCUGGUUAGGGUUCAUAUGAAUCUGGGCAAGAGCUUCAAGUAUCUCCUUUCAUGUAGUAAUGAUAUAUGUUUUAGUUGUUGACUUGGCAAAUAUGGAUGUUAUAGCAAUUUCAUAUUGUUGAAUCUGCUUGUUUUAAUCUAUGUUGUUUUAAUCUGAUAGGAAGAAGGUUGUUUCUGUCUUCCCUUCGUUUCCCCUCUAGGUCUUGUUCCUUAUAGAAGUGAUUAAAGACUAGUUAAAGUGACAAAGAAAAGACCAAUGAGCUUGUUGAUACUGGAGUCAGGUCUAGAGCUAAAGAUAUCGAAUUAGAACCCCAAUCGUAUCCUAAAAGACAAAAAAUUGACGAAGUGUUGUUUUUCCUUAGCUGAUGAUAUAUGUCAUCUGGAACCAUGUGUUGUUCCAGGCUGGAAAGUUUAUAGUCGUUGGUUGUUGGCAUCCCUUUAUUAACGUUGAUGUUGAACCCACUAUUAAGUAUGAGGCUCGAGUUGUGGAGUUUGACUAUUGAUAUUUUAUCAGCCUUUCUAGCAUGCAUUUUGUCGUUGAUACGGUUGAUAGGCCAAGUUUAGCAAAUAAUAACUAUUCGAAAUUGACAAGACAACAACAGGAACACAAUCUAUGAAUGCGAAAAUAAAAAACAAAAGAAAAAGGUUCCUCUUCC